AUGGAAUGCGGGAACAUGGGCCUGUUCGAGCGCGGAGUGCAAAUGCUGCUGACCACGGUGGGCGCCUUCGCGGCCUUCAGCCUGAUGACCAUCGCAGUGGGGACCGACUACUGGCUCUACUCGCGAGGGGUCUGCAGGAGCAAAAGCGGCAACGACAACGAGACCAGCAAGAAGAACGAGGAGGUCAUGACGCACUCGGGGCUCUGGAGGACCUGCUGUCUGGAAGGAAACUUCAAGGGCAUGUGCAAACAGAUCGACCACUUCCCCGAGGACACGGAUUACCAAGCUGACCCGUCAGAGUACUUCCUGCGCGCGGUGCGGGCGUCCAGCAUCUUCCCCAUCCUCAGUGUCAUCCUGCUCUUCAUGGGGGGUCUGUGCAUCGCCGCCAGUGAGUUCUACAGGUCCAGACACAACAUCAUCCUCAGCGCCGGGAUCUUCUUUGUGUCUGCAGGCCUGAGCAACAUCAUCGGAAUCAUCGUGUACAUAUCAGCCAACGCAGGCGACCCAUCCAAGAGUGACUCCAAGAAGAACUCCUACUCAUACGGCUGGUCAUUCUACUUCGGGGCGUUGUCCUUCAUCAUGGCUGAGAUGGUGGGCGUCUUGGCCGUCCACAUGUUCAUCGACCGACACCGGCAGCUUCGGAUUGGCACCCGCGCCGCCGACUACCUCCAGGGCUCAGCAGUAGCUCGAGUCCCGAGCUACCGGUACCGCUACCGACGCCGCUCGCGUUCUUCGUCGCACUCCACGGACCCGUCACACUCACGCGACGCCUCCCCACUGGGCCUCAAGGCCUUCGGGGCCCUGCCCUCCACCGAGAUCUCCAUGUACACGCUGCCCCGAGACACCCUCAAGUCAGGAGCUGGGGCGCCGCCCACCAACACCACCACCUACAACUCAGAGCGGGAUCACAACUUCCUGCAGGUGCACAACUGCAUCCAGAAGGAUGCCAAAGACUCAGCUCACGGUAAUGCUGCAGCCAACCGACGCACCACCCCCGUAUGAGGGGCCGCUACCCACCCCGCCAUGUUCAUAGGAAACGAGUUGUUUUCUGCAUGACUCUUCCGAACUUCCAGAAGCUCAGAAGAGGUCAGAGCCGUCCAGACAAAUGCCUCCUUUAUUUUUGAACUCGUUGUUUUGCAUUCAAACUGUGAAUUGUUGCAGUACAGCCUGUAACAUCUAGUAAAACUACUAUUAUUAUAACUAUAAC